AUGCGCUACUCCAAAGGUUCUCAAAAAGGACGAAUAUUAUCACUUUAUUUGCAAAAUAUAGCAUUAUCAAACAUUGAAGAUACUCUUUAUAAAGAUCUACAUCAAAAAGUUCAAGAAUUAGAUCAUAAAAAUAAGCAGCUAAUUCAUUUAAAAGACCAAAAGAAGCAUUAUAUUUCAACAAUUCACUUACUAGUUCAAAGAUCAAUAACAAUAUCACUAGUUGUAUUUAAAAAUUAUGUUAAAUCAUUAUUUAAAGAAAAUAAGAAACAAUAUUCAGCAAAUACAGUUUGGAUGUUUUUAAUUAGAGAACCACCUAAAACUUGGUUAUUACCGUACCGCACUGCUUAA